AUGGAUGUUUUCUACGCUUAUACUUACGGAACCAGUUCCUGGCUUGGGAUCCAAGGCCUAGCACUGGUCAGCACACCCAAGCUGAUUGUGACGAUGCUGCGGGAUGAAGCUAGGCCGCCUACGGAUAUCGAAAUCUACUUCUCCCGUUGUUUCGGCUUCGGUCUCCUGACCAUCGCCGUGCUGACGGUGCUGCUAACCGGCUCCAUCCCGCUCACCGCUACCAUCGCAGAAUCCGUCUCGACGGAGGAAUCGGAUCCCAAAGCUCCCUACGCGGUCCCCACGCUGCUGGUCACGUCUCUCUUCCACGCGGCGUGCGCCUCGUACGACUACGCGUGGUACACCGUCAACGGGCAGACGGCGCUCGCUAUCGGGAUGGUCGGGUCCGGAGCCAUCGCUUUUGUCGGGCUCUGGUGCCUCCUUUUUGCGAGUAGUCGGGGGCGCAUCAGCAAGAGGACGGGCGCGGACAAGAGGACGUCUGGGUUUCCGUUCAAGAACGCGGAGGCGGACAAGCGUCAGGAUCACGCAAUCGAAGGGCUUGGAGAGUUCUCAGCUACUUUAUUGACUUGUUCUAUCUCGUCACUGGCUGGAUUGGGUCACGUGCCAUAUGUAGAGAAGUUACGGCAUCUAUACUCCGUACUCAAGUACAUCCCUGCAUUACUAAUAACGAGCAAUAAUCCCAACAAAGUACUCCGUACGGGUAUGAGCAUGGAUGGCCCAGAUCUCCAGCACAUCCCGGUGAACCUGCCGCUCGGUUCGCAGCUGCCGCCCGGCUUCGACCCGAAUGAUUCGCAGCCGUUCCAGACCUUUGCUUCGGCCAUUGGGGACAUGGAACAUGGCCUUCCGGCAUCCAACGCCUAUGUCCGCCCCCCUCGACCCGGCGAUCAGCCCAAUACCCUGAUUCACCAGCAGACCGGGGUCGUUCCUCCGCCGCGACCGCAGCAGGUCCCGUCAAGCGGGCCCUUCGAGUCGCGAAACAACAACAAUAAUAAUGGCCGAUUUGCGGUCCCUCCGCCGCGGCCGGACCAGGACCUGACAGCUGCGAAUUCUCAGCCCAACCAGAGCCAGUCAGGGCAGCGGAGUCUGGCGCAGACGUCGCAUAACUUCACCCCGAGGACCAGCGAGCUGGAGCUGGUCUCGUCGCUGGACCAGUCGCUGCAGCAGCCCGGAAACCAGCUUCAAAAGGAUGGCAACCUCUUCAAUGCCGCGGAAUCGACAGCGGACAAACAAGAGGGUCAUUUCGGCGGAAUGAAACUGAUUCCCAAUCCGCCUGACCUACAAGCUUGGAGAGAGAAGCUCUUUAAUGUCGAUGAGGUGAUCACCUUAACAGAGGAACAGUACGGCUGUCCUGGACCAGCCUCCAGAGGGCGCAUGGAAACCUACUUUCCCCAUGUCGAUAACGUGUACUCGCAUCGCUCGACUCAAAGGUACAAGCGCAAGCCGUUCAUCUCGCAUUACUGGGACUGUCGUCUGAAAGGGCGACCUCCUGGCACUCCCAAAUCCGACGAUCCCAAUAAGAAGAAGCGCAGGCGGACGGCUCGACAGCGGGAUCUCUGCGACGUCAAAAUCAAGAUCACAGAGUAUUUCCCCGGGGCAUCGGGGACUGAUCCCGAGCUCGGAACGGCAAUCGAGUCGCUACCAGCAGAUAACGCAGCGGCAAAUUCGUUCUUCGCCAACGGCGGUUCUUCCAGAGAGAGUCAACCUUUCGGCGUGCUUGCUCCCAGUCCGGCCCUUCCAGAGGGACAUCCCGGCACGAGAGGAGCAAAAUACUAUACCAUACAGCGUGUCAAUGGCAAUGGAGGCAAUGGCAAAGGGGACGGUGUCAGCGGUGGUCACAGGCAUACAUUGGAAGAGAGCGAUCGCGUGAAGAAGAACAGUGUCCAGCGAUGGCUGCUGAAGCAAGAAAAGGAGAAGAAAAAGGCAGCGCGAGGGAUUUGGACGCAUACGUCACAACCCUCAAUCGCAUACACUCUUCCUCCGCUUCGUUGUCUAUUCCCUAUUGACAUGUCCCCCAAACUGGCUUUGGAUACUCUGAUACACCCUCUUCUCGGAGAAAAUCUCUUCUGUGCUGGGCUUGUCACCAUCAUCAUCAUCAUCAUCAACACGUUUCCCCGUUUCCGUUUCUAUUUUUACUACUUCUAUCACUAUUUCUACAACACCAAUCGCUCCAGAACGCAAUACGCAACAACCAUGACUAACCAAAAUCAAAAGCAACAGCAACAGCAACAACAGCAGCAACAACAGCAGUUGCAAGAGAAGACGUAUCACAAGAGAGCGACCGGGCAGGCCCUCGCGACAGUAAAGAAACAUUCAAAAGAGUGCGAUCUGAAACUAUAUGCGAGCUGUUUCUGUCCUUUUGUGCAACGCGUCUGGAUAGCGCUCGAGGUCAAGGGCAUUCCAUAUCAGUAUAUUGAAGUGGACCCUUACAAGAAGCCGGAAUCGUUGCUGGAAGUGAAUCCGCGAGGACUCGUCCCGGCGCUGCGGCACGGCAAUUGGGGAUGCUAUGAGAGUAGCGUGCUUCUUGAAUACUUGGAAGAUCUCCAAGAAGGGACUCCGCUCCUUCCGCCUGGAGACCCUAAACUUCGCGCCCAUUGUCGACUGUGGGCUGACCAUAUUAACCGCCACAUCAUCCCCUGCUUCUAUCGCGUCCUGCAGGAACAGGAUCCGCAGAAGCAAGUCACUUAUGCCGAAGAGCUGAGAGAUGAGAUCUCGAAACUGGUCAAUGCGUCACAUGUCCACGGCCCCUACUUUCUGGGGCCGAGCAUUUCCUUUGUCGACAUUCAUAUAGCGCCCUGGAUCCUCCGGCUCAGUCGGGUUCUCAAACCGUAUCGCGGGUGGCCCGAUCCCGAGAUGGGCAGCCGAUGGGCCGCUUGGGUCAAUGCCAUCGAGACCAACGAGCAUGUCAUGGCCACGACCAGUAGUGAUGAGCUGUACCUGGACAGCUAUCAACGAUAUGCUGGUGAGUAUUAUGAACUCUAUAGCUCUUGA